AUGUCGGGGGGGCACCCCGUCCGGCCCAUCGACCGUGGAGAUGAUUGGGUCGAAUCAGAGGCUGAUAAUUCAUGGAUUCCACCUGGGCACGCAAACAGCGUAUCUCGAAGGGUGUUCAGACAUCAUCUGUCUCUGCUAAUAGCGAGCGUCCUCGCACUCCUUGUAGGUCGAGACCAAGUAAACCUAGUGGUUCUGAAAGCCACAACAUGUUGGCUGCUGCUAAUUCUGCCACUUCUCCUCUCCCUUUCUGCACCUGAUGUAGAAGUAGAUGCAGAGCCUGACGAGGAAGUGCCUCGACAUGAUGAUGAGGAUGAGAUUCUAUUCCCUGAACUGGUAGAUAGAGUCAGUCAACAGACAGUGGAAGAUGAAUAUGCAGAGGAGCCUAGCAGCCGUGCUAGAUUUGAUGACACUGAUGAUGAAGAGAGGGAGGUGAACAUCGACUCCUUAGUUUUACAAGAAUAUGAUGGUGAGGACAUGCCAACAAUUGAGUGGAACAGGGAGAAUCCUGACCUUACUCCAGGAACCAUAUUCGAAUCGAUGGUGGACUGUCGUAAUGCAGUGACUACAUAUUGCAUUAUCACUGAAAACUCUUAUGAGGUUGAUAGGAGUGAGCCAGGAAGAUUCACUGUUCAUUGCCCUUAUGAUAGGUGCAGGUGGAGGUUGCAUGCAUCCAGUAUGCGAAAGAGCAAAUUGAUUCAGAUAAAAAGCAACCCACACGGGCACACUUGCCCACCUGGAGGGGGAGGGGGAAAGGACAAAUCUAAGCUUGCAAAGACUAGGUGGGUGGCAGAUGCAAUCUUAGAUUGGGUGAGGGAAACACCAACAAUUGGUCCAACAGCACUCCAUGGGAAGCUAUUUGAGAAGUACAAGAUUAAUGUACAAUACAUGAAGAUUUUCUAUGCUAAGGAAAGGGCUCUUGAUAGGAUUAAUGGUCCAUGGACUGAGAGUUUUCAGUUGCUUUACACCUUCAAAGCUGAAGUGGAGACGGCUAGUCCAGGGAGUGUUGUAGAGAUUGACAAGCAUAUAGUUAAGUACAAAUUAAAAGGGAAGGCAAUGGAGAAGGAGUGCUUCAGGAGGGCUUUUGUUUGUUUCAAGGCUUGCUGGCAGGGUUUUUUGAAUGGUUGUAGGCCCUAA